UGCGAGGCCGCGCCGCCUUCGGCGACCCCCGCUGGCUCCGCGGCCAAGCAUCUUGCGCUUUCCGCCGCCAACUUCACGGUUCCAGCCGCUGCCUUAGUCUCACGGGCGGCCCGAGCGACCUCCGCCGUUGGCUGAUCUUGGCCAAGGGCACGCGGUCAGCUCAAUCGGCUCCCGUUUGUCGUCCAGGGGUUUGUAGAUAAAAAAAAAAUGGAGAAGCAGGAAGAAUGAAACACCAAAGUUAGUGCACGUGCAUCAAGAAGCAUAUGGUCAAUAUAUGUGCACGGACUAUUGGACUCGACCUGAACCAGCAAUCUCUGUCUCUGGAGUUAUUCUUGACAUAUAAUUCCAUUACACUCCAACUUCUGCUCAUUCUUCCCACCGGCUGUGUUAUCUUCCUGAGGAGAGUUUGCAGAAAUGGACGUUCUCCUCUCUGCUGUCCUUGGGUCCUGCUCCGGGCACAAGUGAUCAUUGAUGAGGCCAUGGGACGGCACAUCACAAACCAAGCCAUGCUCCUCCAGCUGGUUACGCUAAGAGAUGCCAUGCACCGAGGCUACUACAUGCUUGACACUAUCAGAUAUCAACAUCAGGAUGGGGAGGAAGCCAAAGAUCAGGUUGUGAGUCGCUCUUCGUCUCUGUCUACAGUAAAUUCUGUAAAGCACCUAUGUUUCUCCAGUAGAGCUGCUGUGCCUUUGAAAGAACUUCAGAAGAUGCUUGACAAUUUGAACUCCAUGAUCCGUGAUGUAAAUGAGCUCGUCCUGUUCUUGGCAAACUGUCCUCGCUUGUACAGCCAACCUUACAGCAUGCAUCUGCAGCUGGCCAACUGCAUGUUUGGGCGCCAGAUAGAAGCACAACUAGUCAUCAGCUUCCUGUUGCACACACAACCUCAUGGUGCUGAAGAAUUAGAGGUCCUGCCAAUUGUUGGACCAAGAUAUGUUGGAAAGAGCACCCUUGUCGCUCAUGUGUGCAAGGAUGAAAGAGUAUUAGGCCAUUUCUCAAAUAUCUUUGUUUUCCGCACCCAUGGCUUCACAGAUGAUGAGCUAGCUACUUUCAGAGAAGGAUGUGCAGCAAAACUUCAAAAUCACAUGUCAGAUUCGAACAACGAUGGAAGAUUGCUAGUUGUUGCUGAGUUGGAUGGGGAUCUCAGUGAAGAAGCACUGAAUAGGUUGUAUUCUGCUUCUAAACAGUAUGUGCCAAGGGGUAGUAAAAUCAUACUUACAAGCCGGUUUAACACCAUUGUAAAGUUUGGAACAACAAAGCCUCUGAAUCUGAAGUACCUGUCCCAUGAGGCGUACUGGUAUUUCUUCAAGACGCUGACAUUCGGAAGCACAGAUCCUGAGAUGCAUCCGAGGCUCAUGCACCUGGCUAUGGAGAUAGCCAGGUUGAAGGAAAGUUGCCCCCUUGGUGCCAACACGGUUGCUCGUUUGCUAAGGGAUAACUUUAAUGGCCUAUUCUGGUCCAAGGUUUUGGCCUUCUCUAGACACUUCAUCCAGCAGCGCAUCUCAAGAUUUGGUCAAAAUCCAAUUGAUGUUUUGGACGAAAACAGACUUGAACAUUUUGGUAGAAUGGCGGCCCCUUCUGAAUCCGUGGUGGUUUAUCAUCAGCAUCAAUGGUCUUCAGAAGACGAAGUUCCAAAGAUAAGAAUGGGUGAUGUGAUAUUUGGAAGUGUUAAGCCUCAUGGUAAAGUUGAGGUCCUAGUAUGGCAGUCUCAAAUACCACCUUACUAUAGCUACGUCUAUACUUGUGAGAUCCAGGCAAGAAAAAACACAGGUGCCAAGCGGAAGCGUUCUAUGUGAAGAGGAAUGUAGCUUUUUUAUUUCUUUGAAAUUUUGUGAUGUGAUUAUCAGGCUUGGGUAGCAUAGUUGAACAUGUGGUUGUUAUGGUGUCACAGCCUGCAAGUACAGCAUAGUAGUCACUGCAGGAUGUGUUAAGUUUUGUUGUAAACAGAACAAUGUAUUAUGUUUAUGCCACAUAUUUUGAUGAGAUGUAAUGUAAUGUAAUGAAUUG